GGGCAAAUCGAACUGGGUCUAGCGGACAAGAUGCAAAGUUUGUUUCGGCAGCUGAUUCAACAACCUCUUCUUAUACCCACACGAACCUGCUUCCGAUCGACCAAACCCUACAAUUUCACUCUCCGAUCAAUUGCAAUCAUGGCGGAUGAGUUCGUCAGAGGGAAUGUGCUUCCAAACGGCGUCGCUCUCAUCACUCUCGAUCGCCCCAAAGCUCUCAAUGCUAUGAAUCUAGAUAUGGACAUUAAGUAUAAGAAGUUUCUGGAUGAUUGGGAAACUGAUCCGACGGUGAAAUGCGUUGUCGUCGAGGGUAGUUCAUCUCGUGCAUUUUCGGCAGGAAUGGAUAUUAAGGGUGUUGUUGCUGAAAUUCAGAAGGACAAAUCUGGUGAUGUGAAGCAGAUUACGACAAAAAAACAACAGUCAGACAUGAUUGAGGUGUUCACUGCUGAAUAUUCUCUAAUAUGCAAAAUUUCCGAGUACAAGAAGCCUUAUAUCUGCUUCAUGGAUGGCAUAACAAUGGGAUUUGGCAUUGGGCUGUCUGGUCAUGGUCGUUACAGGCUCAUCACCGAGAAAACGGUCCUUGCUAUGCCAGAAAAUGGCAUCGGCUUGUUUCCAGAUGUUGGCUUUGCAUAUAUAGCAGCAAAAAGUCCUGGAGAAGGAGCAGUAGGGGCCUACCUUGGAUUGACUGGCAAUAGGAUAUCAACGCCAGCGGAUGCUCUCUAUGUUGGUCUGGGAACACAUUAUGUGCCUUCUGGAAGCUUGGCUGCAUUAAAGGAAGAUCUCGUGGCAACCACCUUGUCUGAGGACCCUGAUCAGGACAUCAAAUCAUUGUUGGAAAGAUAUAGCAAAAACCCUGAGUCUGAACCUCGUCUGAAGUUGCUUUUACCUCGGAUAAUUUCAACCUUUGGAAGUAACAAGCCUAUUAAGGAGGUAAUAAAGGAGCUGGAAAAUGAUCAGCUGAGUGGCGAUACCUUGGUGGCAGAAUGGGCGAAAGAUGCCUUGCAAGGGAUUAAGAAAGGAGCCCCCUUCUCUCUUUGCCUCACACAAGAACAUUUCUCAAGAGUGGCCUCUGCCCAAGGCAAGAGUAACGAUGAUCUAUCUAAGCUGGCUGGUGUGAUGAAAGCUGAGUAUCGAAUUGCGCUAAGAUCUUCUCUUCGGAAUGAUUUUGUUGAAGGUGUUCGGGCUGUCUUAGUGGACAAAGAUCAGAACCCCAAGUGGGAUCCGUCGAGCUUGGAAGAAGUGAAUACCGCCGAAAUAGGAGCUCUGUUUGAACCCCUUUCCUCCGAUGUGGGAGAGUUGAAUGUUUGAACGACGCAGUUCCAAUAAAAGUUUCCGCAAAAGUUACUAUUGAAGCAGCAAAACUACCAAAGCUGCUGUCGUCUUAUUUCGAGUUAUUGUAGCUUCGUCUCUUGUAUCAUCUCAACAUAUUUUCGUUGUAAAAUAAAAGAUCGAAAUUCAACACAAGAAUAAUAGUUAAAAAUCAGAACGAGCCAAAUGCAAGAAGCAAAUGAUAUAUAAAAGUUGUUUU